AUGGUGUGGAAUUUUGUGACGUCUCUGGUGGCGAUCCCACUCGCCUCGUUCUUCACGAUGCGGCAGCUGUUCCUUGGUGCCUCACUCGCUGCUUCCGUUGCGUGCUUGUUCCUGUGCGGCAUCCCUGUGUACCCCGAUGUCGCCGAGACGAACGUGAAGAAUGGCGUUGCGAUCACUGGCGUUGCUGUCUUCAUUGCCGCGUUCGAGAUUGGUGUUGGGCCGUGCUUCUUUGUGCUCGCGCAGGAUCUGUUCCCGCGCUCUUUCCGUCCGAAGGGCUCGUCCUUUGUGCUCUUGGCGAAUUUCGUCUUCAACAUCAUUAUCAACGUGUGCUACCCAAUCGCAACGGAGGCCGUCUCUGGCGGCCCGUCCGGCAAUCAGGACAAGGGACAGUCGGUUGCCUUCAUCUUCUUCGGCUGCAUCGGCCUUGUCUGCUUUGUGCUGGAGCUGUUCUUCCUGUACCCUUGGGAGGAGAGCGAGCCGCCGGUUGGCGGAGGUGAGGCCUCGUUGGAG